AUAUGAUCCUUGAAAAGUCAUAUAACUUGUGCUACUUUACUUGAAAUUGAGAUAUAAUUGUUAUUGUAUUUUGAUAGAAUAAUGACGCCAUUUAUAACAUGUAUUUCUAAUCUUUCAACUACUAAAAUACCCCAAUAAAGACAACCAACACACCAUUACAUACAAAAAACUACUGUUUACCCAUCCUCCUAAGUCCUAAUCAUAAAAACUAAACCAUUUCCAACCUCUUCUCAACUAAGUAUUAGAGAAUGGAAAGCUCAAAAUCUCCAUCAGAGUCAAACAACUCAUCCAAAAACAUCCAAGAAAAGCAAGUGACCAAAACAAAAACAAGAACAAAGCCAAAGCCACGUUCCUCAAAUGAUGGAAAGAAAUUUGUUGGAGUGAGGCAAAGGCCAUCAGGCAGAUGGGUUGCAGAGAUAAAGGAAACUUCACAAAAACUCAGGCUUUGGCUUGGUACUUUUGACAGAGCAGAAGAAGCUGCUUUGGCUUAUGAUAGUGCUGCACGUCUCCUACGUGGAAGAAAUGCAAAAACGAACUUCAAGUACCAAGCUGAAAUCUUGAAACCCCAUGAAGAGAUCAAUUGCAGCUUGUUUGAAAAGAAUCCAAGAUUAUAUGAACUUCUUAAACAUGCCAUCAUGAGGAAACAUGCAGGGAAAUGUCAGAAUAAUGAAAGUUUGGAUAAAGAGGAGGCAUUAGUUGAAGAAAGUAUAGUUUGUGAAGAUCAAGAUCGAAAUAAAGAAGAGAUCUCUAGGAUUCAACUACAGGGAAGUUCAAAGGUUUAUUCUUCAGUGAUUGUGGCUCCUUCUUUUAGUGCUUCCAUUACUCAAAGUGGAAGAGAAGAAAAUCACUCUCAAAGUAAUGGUCAAUAUUUUGAUUGCCUUCUGUCGCGCGCAUGCAAAUGAGUUGGGAGAGUAACAGGACAGCCCGGUGCACUAAGCCCACGUUAUGCACGGAUUCGAAAAAGAGUUCGAUCAUAAGAGCCUGUCGUAUGUCGUUUUUAUUAUUUUCACAGUUCAAAUCCAUGACUUCAUGGUCACAUGACAGUAACUUUGAAGUUACGCCAAGGCUCAGACUAAUAAUGGAUUAAAGUAUUAACCAGUUCCUUUUAAUAUAACUUAUUAGGAAGUGUAGCUUUUCUCAUCAUAUUUGCUUGUUUCUGCUGAUACUAGUUUUAAUGCAUCUUGAUACCAAAGUUUUUCUGAUGUUUUCUUCUUAUGUUUCUGCUUCCAAACAAGUAAGCAAUAUAUUGGGAUA